AUGGAAGCUAAACUUGAUAAAAUCUUUAAUAUUUUUUAAGAUAAAAAUAAUGAGAGCUUGUUCGAAUUGUGUGUGAGAUAAAUUGUAGAAAUAUAUAAGGACUCACCCUCUUCGAUUUACUACUUGCUUAAGAAAGCUAUGAGGUUACUCUUUUCUACCACUAAAGAUUCCUACUUGUAAUUAAAACAUAGGUAAGUAGCUGCAGGUAUCAUCGAAAAAACAUAUCGUUACUACACACAAAGACUUCAAAAGUUUAUCAAUACAGAUCUAGCAAAUGAUGAAGAUAUAGAUAUAUUAAGUCUAUUUCACAUGGAGAAAGUCACUCCUGAAUAAGAGCAAAAGGAUUUAUUAAGAUAGCAAUAAAAAGUGCAGUAAUAGCAGCUAUCAUAAUUGGAAUAAUAGGUUGUUUAAAAUGAUUCAGAAAAAGCCAAUAAUUAAAUGGAAGUUGAAGAAACAGAAAAACCAAGCAAGAAGAAAAAUACAAAGAAAAAUUCUAAAACAGAAAAGUCUAGCAAAAAAGGGAAGAAGAAUGGAAAUUCUAAUGGAAGCAGCUCAAACUAGAAUGAAUAAAAAGCUGAAAAUGAAAUUCCUCAAAUAAAAAAUGGCAUUCAUCUUUUGAAAACAAUUGAGGAAGUAAAAAAUAAAUGGAAUGUUGCCGUAAACGAUAUUGAUUAUGAUCAUAUGAUUAAGCAUGAAGAUCCUCUUGUAGCUCGUGAAUUAGGUUUUUAUGAUGUUUAGUUAUAGUCAUAGCGCGAAUCUAGAGAGUUAGAAGAAGAAAUUUUAUCUAAAAUGGGUUUAUCUGCAGAUCUAAAUCCAACUAAUUUACAAGGUAUUUGGAACUCUCACUUUAAUGUUAAUUUUUCUGACAAGCAUAAAGAAUUAAGCAUGCUUGAUUAGGAAAAUUUAUCAUAAAUUUUAGAUGAUGACACACAGUCUACUUAAGUAUCAUCUACGAAUGGCAAUAAGAAGAAAGGCAAAAGAAAGGGAGCUUCUAAUAACGAGUAAGGAACCUCAAAUGCAGAAAGUUCAUAUGGAGAAAGUGUAAAAAAGAAAAUAAAAACAGAUUCGAAUGGGGGUACAAGUAGAUAAAUGAGUGGCUAGAAUGAUUUAAAUGAUAACGAAGGAUAAAUGUAGGAAGAAAACGGAGAUGACAUCAGUAUGAAAGAAUGUAUCGGUUUAAAUCUUUUUGUUCCAUUUAACAACAUCUUCAGACAGUGUUUAAAAAAUUUACUGAGCAGAACGUGGGAAAUACGUCAUUAUUCUGCAAUGGUCUUAAAAGGCUUCUUAAAAGAAAACAUAGAAUUUCUUGAAUUCGAACAUAAAAUUUAUACAAAGGAUAUCGAUCCAAGGCUCUUAGAAGAAAAUAGUUAGCAUCAAUUGUUCCAUAGUAUAUUAAAUACACUUUAGAUUGAAUUAAAAAAAUUCCUAGGUGCAGAAUAGAAUGUUUAAGAUAAAAUAGAAAACUACUUAAGCAGAAACAUGAUAAUUUUAAUAUUAGAUUAAUUAACAGACUAUAGUGGUAAGAUAAGUGAUAUUAUGAUCAGAAAAGUUGCAUGCGACAUGAUAACUUUGAUUCUUAAAAAUAGCAACUACAUAAGUGAUAGAUUUAGAUAUGAAAUCCUCAUAAAGAUUUAGCAUUUCUUACAGAAAUCUAUUUACUAAGUAGGAUAGCGCAUUAUUACUCAGACCUCUCUAGUCUUAAUCACACAACUUCUCAAUGAGCGAAAGGAUCUAAGAAGGGAGAUUUUUAAUUUAUUCAGGUCAAGCUAUGAAGGAAUACUCAAUUAGAAUUAAGAUGAAGAUAUUAUUAUGCACUUUUCUGAGAAUUUUCUAAUUUAUGUUCAUGAGGGAGAUUGGAUAAUUUAUGAAGGGGAGUUCAUUUCUUUGAUUAUUGAAAAGUUAUGGAAUUAUGUUGAUAUAUUUGAUGAUAUCAGUUAUAAUAUAAAGACUAUUAUGUCGCUUCUUUAAGAAUGUCAAAGAUUGGGAUUUAUGACAGAGAAAGAUUUCUCUCCACCUCACAUUAAAAAAUUAUUUAAAUACUUCUUUCAUUGGGAAGAAGAAGUUCGCCGUGAAACAUACAAUUUAUUGCACGAGGGCUUACUCACAUAUUAAGACUUGAGAAUCGAUAACAACGAAGAAAUUCAGUUGCUGUAUGAUUUAGUUGUUAGAGGUUUAGUAAUAGAAAAAAGUGAAUCUAACUUUUUUGCAUUAAUUGAUCUCUGUAAAGUUGUACAAAAGCAUUUAACACCUGACUAAAUUAAUGCAGGGCAUACUAUUUUGAUUAAUGUCGCUAUUUCAAAUUAAUCCUGUGAUAAAAUUAUAGAAUCUUUUUGUGAAUUUUUAAAAUAAAAAGGGCUUCGUCCUCAUUAUAAUUUUUAUAUAAAAUCACUUUCAAAUCUAGGAUAUUUUGAUAAUAACACUAUGCGUAUGCAAAGAGCAAUUACUGCUUUGUGUAAAGUAGCAGUCAAUAAUUUAGAAUUUUUACAAAAAUAAUGUGCAGCACUCAAAGUAUAAACAAAGGUUGAGGAAUAACCUAAUUAUCAUGUUUAAAUAAUUUUUGUAUUAUCCUUAAUGGCUUAUUUCAUUGAAUCAAAUAAUGCUGACCCUAAAAUUAUAUUAAAAUUUUUCGUUUAGCAAGAAUUAGAAUAGUUUAUGGAUUAAAAAAAUUUUGACUUAUGGGUAGAUCAAGUUUAGUCAUAAGAUCAAAUUAUACUUUAAUAUUUAUCUUCAAUCGACUAGCUUACUAGCUCUGCUCCUAAAAUUAGGAAUUCAUAACAAAUAACAAACAUUCUAGAUCACUAAGCAUUUAAAGAUUUGAGAGAAAAGAGAUAAUAAUAUGAUAGUCUUGUUGUAAAAUGCAGGUAACUUAUAGACAAUUUAAAUGUUUAGACUGAAAUGGGUUAAAAGCUUAUUUAAAAUAUGGAAUCUAUUAUAAGAAAUAUUGAUUAUUUAAAUGAGAGAAGUGAAGACUACGUUAUUGUGAUAAAAAUGGCUUCAAUUUAUUUAUAUAUACAAUACCUUGUUUGCUAAGGCUUGCCGAUAUCUUCUAUGAAUCUUAUUUGCAGACCUCUUCCAAGAUAUGUUUAGAUUGAAAAGUUUUAAAUUAUCAGCGAUUUAGUUAGUUCUUCAUUUUUUACUUUAAUUUUUAAAAUAGAGAAGUUCGAAACAAUAGAAAAACUGUUAAGAAAUUCUAUAUCUAAGUUAACUUCUCGUAAAAAAUUUUCUCACUAUGGUAUAACUGAUCCUGAGAAGUACGAAAAAGAGUUUGUUAAAUAUGCCAGUAAGUGUUCAGCAAUUAAUAACUUAAUUACAAAAUAUGUAGAGAAAUAAAAUGGGAUCAGUAAUUUUUAAUUUUUAAAUGAUAUACUUUUCAGCUAAAUAAGUAAGUUCGAUCACAUUCAGGUAGAUGCUAAAUGGUUGAUAAAGAAUAAGAAUAUAAAUACAACUACUUAAGUUCUAUGGGAUUAACUUGAAAUUGAUAUUAGAAAUAUCUACAAACUGAUGGAUUGCUUAAUGAAUUUAAAGCUUUUUGAUAUGGUUUGUAAUAUAGUAAAAAGCAUGUCUAAUUUGAUCUGUUUCUUAAACUCAUAGAUGAUUGAAUUAACAGAUAAAACUUUUGCUGUUUUAACAGAACAGAAAAGAUCUAAAAUUUAUAAAGUUUCUAGAAAAAUAUUUAAGAAUUUGUUGAUAAGAUCUUUUAGAUUUGAUUUCAGAAAUGCUUAACAAAAUUAGCAACAAGUCACAACGAUUAGAAACGAUAUGUUUAAAAGAUUUUUUAUUAUGCUUAAAAUAUAAAAUUAAAUAGCAUUUGAACUACUUACUGACAUUCUCGAUUAUAAUUCAAAAGAUAUUAUUGAUUAUAGUGGUAUAUAUGUUUUAUAAGUAGUUAAAUGCUUAACUUCUCCUAACACUGUGAUAAAAGAUUUAGCAUUUUAAAACUUAGGCAAAAUUAUUACAAGUGUUUUCUUGUAAAAUAUGAAUAAAGUUGCCUCGUAAAUGCUCGACCCAUUUUUAUAGAAAAAAAUAUUGAAAGGAAAUUAGUUUAUUCUUGAUUUUUAAAAUAAUUCUCAUUUCCAAUACAACCUCCUUUAUUAGCCUAAAACCUAGCUUAGAGAGUACUAAAUGGAAGGUAUUAAAUGGCUUGGCUUCUUAACAAGAUAUAACCUUAACGGUGCUCUAUGCGAUGAUAUGGGUCUUGGAAAAACUCUACAAGUCCUUUGUGUUCUUUAAAAUGAAAUAUAAAAAGACUUAAACGAAGGUAAACCUCCUAAAAUCUCCUUGAUCGUUGCUCCUUCAAGUAUUGUUGACCACUGGUAUUAUGAAAUACAAAAGUUCUUGCACCCAUAAGUCAUGAACCCAAUAGUCAUCAAUAGUAAGAACUAGAUAGAUGAAUUUAUGAAAAAUAAAGAUAAAUAUAAGAUUAUAAUUUCUUCAUACAAUACGGUUUAUAAGCAUAUAGAGACUUUGAACUCUAUUGUUUACUAGUUUUGUAUUCUUGAUGAAGGACAUUUAAUUAAAAAUUAAAAUACUAAAAUCUCAUAAGCUGUAAGAUCGAUUUAGUCGGAGCAUAAAUUCCUUCUUUCUGGUACUCCUAUUUAGAAUAAUCUUCAAGAACUAUGGAGCAUAUUUGACUUUUUAAUGCCAGGAUAUUUAGGAAGCUCCAAGAACUUUAGAGAAAAAUUUUCAAAGUUGUUUCACACUAAUGUACUAAAUUUCUCUGAUGAGCAAGUACUCUUCACAGAAGAAUAAAAUAAAGUAUUGCAAGACCUCCACAAGAAGGUUAUGCCUUUUAUUUUGCGUAGAGACAAAAAAUUAGUGCUUAAGGAAUUACCCCCUAAAAUUAUAUAAGAUUACUAUUGCUACAUGGCUCCUAAAUAGUAAUAAUUCUAUGAAGAACUUGAAAAGAGUUAGAUAACCAAGUGUGAACAGGAUCUCGAGCAAUAAAUAGACUAAUGGAGCAAGACUAAAGGCUUUGAAGAUGCUGAUCAGGGUAGUAAAAUACAAGAAUCUGUACUUAGAAUGUUAUCACAUAUGAUUUAAAUUGUAAAUCAUCCUUGUCAAUACAAGAAGUAAGAAAGACUAAAAGGAAAUGCUGGAGGCUUAGAAAUGUAAAAGGAACUGAGUUAAUACUCAGCAAGUGGAAAAUUCGUUGCUUUGAAGCAACUUUUGGUUGAUUUAGGCUUUGAAGAAAAAGAGAGUAUAGAAGCUGAAGAAUAAAAAGUAUUAACUACAAAUAAAAAUAAAGUGCUUAUUUUUAGUCGCUUUAAGGAGACAUUACAAUUAAUUUGUGAUCAGCUGCUUAAUACUGAAUUCUCCCAUAUUAAGUACUUAAAGUUAGAUGGUAAUGUUUAGGUUAGUAAGCGUUAUGCUAUCAUAAAUAAAUUUAAUGAAGAUUCAGAAUGCAAAAUAAUGCUUUUAACAACGAGUGUUGGUGGUUUAGGUCUCAAUCUCACUUCUGCAAAUGUGGUAAUUAUGUUUGAUCAUAACUACAACCCUAUGAAUGACUUACAAGCUAUUGACAGAGCACACAGAAUAGGGUAAAAAAACACUUUAAAUGUAUAUAGAAUGAUAACAAAAGAUACACUAGAAGAAAGAAUUAUGGGAAUUUAAAGAUUCAAAAUAAACAUUGCUAAUGCAAUUAUUAACUUAGAUAAUAGCUCUAUUCGCAACCUAAAAGACUCUAAUUUAAUUACUCUUUUUGAUAACAUGGUCACGGAAAAUGGUUAUAACGAAAGAAAAGAAACUGUUGACGAAAUGGCAAUAGCACAAACUAAAUAUAAUCCUUAUAAAAAAAUUAUAGCUGAUUAUGAAAUUUGGGUUACAGAUGAUAUAAAUAAAGAAUAUUGA